UCCUCACUGCCGUUUCAUCUCGGCCUCUUGUUGCAUUUUUAACUCUUUCUUUCCCCCCUCCCACUCAACAUGUCCUACGAAGACCGCGCCAAUGCGCGCCCCAACUUGAACGAUGAGUCCGAUAAUGAGGAGGAGGCUAUGGCCAACGACUACCGCGAGCAGGUCAACUACGAUGAUGGAAUGAGCGAGCUGGACCAGACUUUGUCCCACGGUGCAUCGCAGACUCAGGACCUCCAGGCCCAGUUGGCCGCCGCCGCCACCCCGCUGGAAUACCAGGCUACUCUCGAGACCAAAUUCGCUAGCUACGACAACUACUGCAGUCUCUUCCACUACAUCCUGAACUCCGAUGGCCCCGUGGACUUGGAAGUUCCUAACUACUACUGGGCUUGGGAAGUUAUUGACGAGUUCAUCUACCAAUUCGAAUCCUUCUGCCGUUACCGCAACCGCGUUGCUUCCACUGGAUCCAACGAGGAGGAGAGCCAGCUGCUCCGCGAGAACCCGAACACAUGGGGCUGCUACUCAGUGCUGAACGUGCUUUACUCUCUCAUCCAGCGCUCGCAGAUCAGCGAGCAAUUGAACGCCACAAAGCGCGGAGAGGACCCAAUGGCUGUCGCCGGCGAGUACGGAUCGCGCCCCUUGUACAAGAUGCUCGGCUACUUCUCGAUCAUCGGACUGCUGCGUGUGCACUGUCUCCUCGGUGACUUCAGUCUUGCCCUGAAGAUCCUCGACGACGUCGAAAUGAACAAGAAGGCCAUGUUCGCUCGCGUGAUGGCCGCCCACUUCACCACCUACUACUACGUGGGCUUCUCCUACAUGAUGAUGCGCCGCUACGGCGACGCCAUCCGCAUGUUCAGCCACAUCCUCGUGUAUGUGUCCCGGACAAAGAACUUCCAGAAGGGUGGCAACAACUACGAGGCCAUCGCCAAGAAGAACGACCAGAUGUACGCCCUGAUUGCCAUCUGUGUCGCUCUCCACCCCACCCGUCUGGAUGACACCAUCCACUCGGCCGUCCGUGAGAAGUACGGCGAGCAGUUCUACCGCAUGCAGAAGGGUGGCCCCGAGGCUCUGCCCGUCUUCGAGGAGCUCUUCCGCUCUUCCUGCCCUAAGUUCAUCAACCCCACUCCUCCCGACUUCGACAACCCAGCCUCCAACGUCGACCCUGUCGACCACCACACCGCCAUCUUCAUGGAUGAGGUCAAGAACACCCUGUUCAACCCCACCAUCCGCUCUUACCUCAAGCUCUACACCACCAUGGACCUCAAGAAACUUGCAGGUUUCCUCGAGGUGUCCCCCGAGCAGCUCCGCUCGUGGCUGCUCGUUAACAAGCAGCGCAGCCGCCAGAUCCGCUGGGUCGACGGUGGUCUCCUGGAUGGUGAGCCUGCUAUCGCCAACGAUCUCGACUACGCUCUUGAGGACGACCUGAUCCACGUCAGUGAGACCAAGGCCGGCCGCCGUCUGGUCGACUGGUACCUGCGUAACCUCGCUCGCGUCUACUAAGCGGGGCCUGUGUCUCAUAAGUGUGCCGAGAGAGUUGAAAAGAAAAAAAGCGAAGAGUGGUGGGAGCCUUCUGCUUAGAAGAGGAACGGACAUGACUUGAGAUGAAUUUUCUUUCUUUUUCUCUGCCUACUUUGUUUUUUAUUUUCCAUAUUAUACUCAUUGCUCUCCUCCCCCC